GCUAAUGAAGUACUUUCAGCAAUGGCGGCUCUGGCAUUUUGCCUACUUUGUCUGUCCUGUUCAUUACAAGAAUUACAUCUGGCAAAUGUUACUGUUUUAUUCCCGCGCUGCUUUGUAAAUUCAACAGCCGAUUUAGUUUUUUUACAACGAGAACAAAAUUUGCUUUCUUCAGUGUUAACAAUGAUAUUUUGGUUGACAGCAAAAAUUGUUGAUUGCGGCAUAGAAAUGCCGCAUUAUAUUGCGGCAAUGCUCUUCCGCAAUUCAGCAAUUUUUGCUGUCAAUUAUUAUACGACAGGGAUAAUUUUUAGUAAAACUCACGAUGGACAU